AUGUUAAAGUUUCUUUCUUGCUUAACUUCCUUUGGUCCAAAAGGACAAGGAGUACGUGGAUUCUGUAGAAGUAUCCCUAGAUACCAACAGAUUGAAGUAUUUGUAGAUGGAAAUCCUGUAUCAAUUGAACAAGGAAGCGCUGUCAUACAAGCAUGUGAAAAAGCUGGUUAUACCAUACCUCGCUUUUGUUAUCAUGAGCGACUUUCAAUCGCGGGUAAUUGCCGAAUGUGCCUUGUUGAAUUAGAAAAAUCACCAAAGCCGGUUGCUUCUUGCGCGAUGCCUGUAAUGCCUGGUAUGAAAAUCAAGACCGAAACAAAUCUCGUUAAGAAGGCUCGAGAGAGUGUAAUGGAAUUUUUAUUAGCCAAUCAUCCUCUAGACUGUCCUAUAUGUGAUCAAGGGGGUGAGUGCGAUUUACAAGAUCAAGCAGUUAGAUAUGGUAGUGAUCGAGGUAGAUUUCAUGAAAUUAUUGGAAAACGAGCUGUGGAAGAUAAAGAUUUUGGACCUUUAGUAAAAACUUCUAUGAAUAGAUGUAUUCAUUGUACUCGAUGUGUUAGAUUUUCUAAUGAAGUUGCUGGUGUCCCUGAUUUAGGGACAAGUGGUAGAGGCAAUGAUAUGCAAAUAAGUACAUAUAUUGAACAAACACUAAAUUCCGAGAUGUCAGCAAAUAUAAUUGAUUUAUGUCCUGUUGGAGCUUUAACAGCUAAACCAUAUGCAUUUACUUAUAGACCUUGGGAACUUAAAAGGACCGAAUCAAUUGAUGUAUUAGAUGCAAUUGGAAGUAAUAUUAGGAUAGAUUCUAAAGGAAUUGAAGUAAUGCGAAUCUUACCUAAAAUUAAUGAUGUUAUAAAUGAAGAAUGGAUUUCUGACAAAACAAGAUUUGCUUUUGAUGGACUCAAAAGGCAACGUCUCACAACUCCAUUGAUUCGUAAUGGGGAUAAAUUUACACCGUCAACUUGGGAACAUGCACUCGCCCUCGUGGCUAAUGAAAUCCAUAAUAUUAAAGGUCCAGAAGCCAAAGCAAUUGCUGGACAACUUGUAGAUACCGAAAGUUUGGUUGCCCUGAAAGAUUUAUUUAAUAAAUUUGGAAGCGACAACUUUACUAUUGAUAUAUUUAAUGGAUCUAAAAUGCCUGUUCACGGUGUCGAUUUCCGUUCUAAUUACCUUCUUAACAGUAAAAUAACAGGAAUUGAGAAUGCAGAUGUACUUUUAUUAGUGGGAACUAAUCCUCGUCACGAAGCUCCUAUUCUUAAUACCAGAAUUUUAAAGAGUUACCUUCAUAAUGGAUUAGAUAUAGGAUUAAUUGGUCAUCCCAGUAAUACAACUUAUGAAUAUGAUCACAUUGGUAUUAGUAGUGAUAAACUUGAAAAUAUAUUAAAUGAUGAACAUCCGUUCUCUAAAAAGAUAGCAGAAUCUACAAAACCAUUGAUCAUAAUUGGAAGUGGAAUCUUGGAAAAUCCUGAUGCAGAAUAUAUUUUUUCAACUGUAGCUAAAAUCAUCAAGAAACAUCAAACAAAAUUUAUUCAAGAUAACUGGAAUGGUUAUAAUGUUUUACAAAGAGCUGCGAGCCGUUCUGCAGCAUACGACAUUGGGUUUAUUCCUUUAGAGACCUCAAGCAAAAUUACUCCAAAAUUUGUAUAUUUAUUGGGUGCAGAUGAGGUUAAACCAGAAGAUAUUCCCAAAAAUGCAUUUGUUGUAUAUCAAGGACAUCAUGGUGAUACAGGUGCACAUUAUGCUGAUGUUAUUCUUCCAGGAGCUACAUACACAGAAAAAAGCGCAACAUAUGUGAACACUGAGGGUAGAUCACAACUUACUCGAUCAGCAGUUCCUCCACCAUCUGCCGCACGUGAAGAUUGGAAGGUUGCAGGAUAUACAUUACCAUACGAUGAUCUUCCUUCUCUCCGUGAUCGUAUGAAUGAAAUUGCACCACAUCUUACUCAUUACGAUAUAGUUGAAGAUGUGAGUAACCGUGAAUUGAGUAUUAAUCAUAUUAUUAAAGAUUCUACAAAAUCAUCAGGUGCUGUAUUAAAACCAGUUAUUCAAGAUUUCUACAUGACUGAUAGUAUAUCUAGAGCAAGUCAAAUUAUGGCUAAGUGUUCUGCUGCUUUCACAAGAAAUUGA